UCUGACAUCAAUGACUUCGCUUCAUUUCCAGAUUUGGACUUUUCCUAUGCAGUAUUUGACACACCUGGCAGUAUUGCAGACUGCAUUCACCCAAUAGACGUGGAGCUGUUUGUAAGGCCAGAUAUUUUAACAUCCGUGAGAUCCAUACCUGAUUUAAACUUCGUCUACAUCAACUCCCCUGCGCUGACGUUCCUGGAGCCAGAGGAGGUGGUGCCAGCUCCCCACAGCGUCAUCUGCGAUGCCUACAUCUUUAAAACAGACGGAGUGGUUCUCGUCCUGACGUUUGUUUCCAGAGAUGAGCCUGACGCUGUUCUUUACAACUCCACACAGGCCCGGGCUCUGACUGUCGCUGUCAGGAGCAGAACUUGCACCAAUUUUCACACCGUGCAUGGCGUCAUAUCGCCAGAUAUAUACAGAAGUUCUCGGGACUUCCUGACCAGGAUCCAGCAACUUCACAAAACUGCAGAGCAUGUGUCUGUACAUCAGUCCUUGACUUCCAGAGAUGGGAAGAUGGUUAACAUAUUCAGGACGAUGAUCCAGCAUCAAAAGCCAUCAAGAAAACUCACAGAUUGGGGGAUAUUAUUCGUGAAGACAGCUGCCUACCAGGAAGUCCGAGACCAGCUACAACAACACAACCUGGUGAUGCUGACUGGUGGUCCUGGGGAAGGUAAGACCACAAUAGGACACAUGCUGUGUUGUGACUACCAGCGACAAGGAUACAACACAGUCUUCUACAGCAGAUGGGAGGACUUCAACAUGGAUGUAUUCCAGGCAUCUAAACCUACACUGGUGGUGAUUGAUGACAUGGGAGAUGAGAUACACAAGGAAGAGAUUGAUGACAUGGGAGAUGAGAUACACAAGGAAGAGAUUGAUGACAUGGGAGAUGAGAUACACAAGGAAGAUAUUGAUGACAUGGGAGAUGAGAUACACAAGGAAGAGAUUGAUGACAUGGGAGAUGAGAUACACAAGGAAGAGAUUGAUGACAUGGGAGAUGAGAUACACAAGGAAGAGAUUGAUGACAUGGGAGAUGAGAUACACAAGGAAGAGAUUGAUGACAUGGGAGAUGAGAUACACAAGGAAGAGAUUGAUGACAUGGGAGAUGAGAUACACAAGGAAGAGAUUGAUGACAUGGGAGAGCACCGUAGAUGUUCAAACUUGGUACUUGAGAUACACAAGACUAAAGUAAACAAGCUUGUUCAUGUUCUUAUCAUAUAUAAAAGCUAUAUUGGACCUGCAUGCUUCAUGCGAAAGACGGACAUAACACAGAUAGGAAGACAGAACUGGGACAGAACAAAGCAGGAAUAUUCCCAGAUGCUGCAGAUGCAGACAGACAUUCCAUCAGACACACGGGAGGACAUCAUAGCUAACCUUCCUUCAUAUGUCGGUUUCCCCAAAGUCAUGAAGCACUUCUGUCAAGACAGACCUACCACAGAUCCUGUAACAUUUUUCACAUAUCCUCACUUUCAUUUCAGAACAGAAAUAGAAAGAUUACUUAGAAAUAAUGUUGAUUAUUCUGCUGCUAUGAUAUAUAUUUUGGUUUCUGGCAACAAAGUGGAUAACUACUAUCCAAAUAUCUUUGACAGGGGUGGCAGUGAGUUUGAGUCUCUCUUUCCCGAAUUUAGAACAAAGAAUCUUCCUGGCGUGUUACACAAAUUGUGCGCCACCUUUCCAUGUCAGUCUGGCAACAAUAUCAGUUUCACAGACCCUGUCAUAUAUGACGCCUGUUUGUUUGUUGUUGGCCGCAUGUUUCCUGGACUUCUAUGGAAACACUGCAAAGUUAUGCAUGAAACUGACAACAGACAAUCUCUCACAGACUUACCUGGUAAAACCAUCUUCAUCUCCAGUCACAACACGACAUGUUUCUGACACAGCUGGUAGAAGACACACGGAAAGGGAAGUUCAGACACACAUUCCGUCACCCAGUUCUCAGCAGGGAGGACAACAUUGACUGGUUCCUUACACAA